AUGCCUCGCAACGGAGACGGAUCAAGUGACAAUGGACCUAUUGAAGGCCAUGAGAUUCUUCACGGUACAACUGGAGAUGACUCCCUCCAACACACCAAACACGUAGCACCCAUGCCCGAGGGCGAAAAAGGAGACAGUAUGUUCCCCACCCCCAUUCAUCCAUUACAACAACACAAAAGAACACACUCCAACGCAUCUACAUAUACCAAACUAACCCACCAUCACCACAGCCCUCCCAGGAUUCUCAGGCGGCGGCACCACAGCCCAAACAUCCACCUCCACCUCCUCCCUCUCGGACUCCAAAAAACGCUCGGAACUUCACCACGCCUCCCCCUCCCCAACCUCGCACAUCCAGCAAAAACACUCCAGACUAGACUCCGACGAAGCCGGCAUCGCGGGUGCGACUUCGCACGCUGA